UUUUUCCUUUCUCGUGAUUGAAAAAGGUCUGAUACAGAAAACUCGGUUCGGGCUCAAAAUGAAUCCACAAGUGACGUCGACUACUACCGAGUCAAAGCCCAAUCUAUUUUGCGGCAAAUGAGCUCGAUGAAAUGUUAUUUAAACGCUGAUGCGGUUAAUCAGUUUGACGAAGCUGAUUUGCUGGCGCGAAUGGAAUGGAUCAAUUCCUUAAACCAGGCAUUUGAUUCUGCGCAGACAUCGUUGGAAAGACUGGAUUUUGCAGAGAUCUCAAGCGACCAUCGGAUUGAAUAUGCUGAAGUCUUCAUGGAUGUGAAGGCGAAACUAAACCGAGGCUUGGCGGCUCAUCGCAAGUCACAAUUGCCGGCUUCAACCGCUGCAAAUUCAACAUCUAUUGACAUCACUAAUAAUGCGGAUCUUUCUUUUCGAUCUAGGAAGCCUCGAUUGUCAAAUUUGGAAAUUGCUCGUUUUCAUGGGUCCUACUCUGAGUGGCCGUAUUUUCUUGCGACUUUCACUACGGUAAUCGGAAAUGAUGAUGAGCUAAGCGACAUUGAAAAAUUACAAUAUUUGCGUUCGAGUUUGGGCGGCGUGGCUCUGGAAACCAUACGCUCGCUCGAACCCUCGAAUGCGAAUUUUAAAAAGGCUAUGAAUUUGCUGGUUAAUCGAUUUGAUAAUAAAGUUUUACACUUUCAGGCACAUGUACAGGCAAUAUUCGGUUUAAAGGGUGUCGAGAAGGGAUCUUCGAAGGGUUUUCGGGAGCUGGGCGAUUGCAUGAAUUCGCAUCUGCGAGCAAUUCGAACCCUGGCCAAUACGCAACAAAUUUUGGAUGGACUUUUAAUUCACAUCGUCACUCGGAAACUGGAUCAGAGGACGCGGGAAAAAUGGGAAGAGGAUUUGUCAAUCACUGAGCUGUCUACCUGGGAUGCUAUGGAAUCGUUUUUGGAAAAGAGAAAAUGCUGAAAGCCUUGAGGUGCUAACACCGGCGCAUUUCCUGAAGGGUUCCAGCUACACUAAGUUUCCUGAGCCUGGCAUUACUCAUCUCCGCGAAGACCGCCUCAGCAGAUGGCAGCGGGUUACCCAGAUGCAGCAACAUUUCUGGAAAAGGUGGAGCAGCGAGUAUUUGUCCCUACUUUAAGAGAGGAGCAAGU